AUGUCGUUGGUAUUGGCGGUAGCCGAGAAGGGGCAGGUCGACACAAGUCUCAGCGAGAAGAAACACAGUGAGUAUCUCGAGCUUGAGAACAACUGCCGCUCCGUCCUUCUCACCAAACUAUUCCAGGCCCACCAAGCCAGAUACGACGACUCCUCGUCCAUGGACAUCCUGAAGCCGAGCAUAUUCACUAGUCGAAAGCCACGAAAGCUAGACCGCACAUCCUAUCUGAACGGCCUACGAGGCCUGGCCUGCCUCUUUGUCGUCUUCCACCACGGCACCGAGCAAUUCUACCCAUGGAUCCGCGCGGGGUUUCUAUCCACGCCGACUGCGACAAACCUCCUCUCGUUACCGAUCGUGCGUAUCUGGCUCAGCGGACACGCCAUGGUCGACAUCUUCUUCGUCAUCUCCGGCUAUGUGCUCUCCGCUAAGCCGUUGCGACUCGCCAGGGAAGGACAACAUGUGGAGGCUUACAAGACUAUAGCGUCCAGCACUUUGCGACGAGGUGUCCGCCUAUACUUACCCUGUCUCGUCCAUACCCUCGUCGUGGUCUGCUUCAUGCGUGUGGGCUGGCUAGGAGAUCGAGGACUACAGAAAUGGAAUCCCGCCCCUUCACUCAUCGAAGAACUGCAAAAAUGGUUGCGAGCGUCAUUGGUGUUCUUCAACCCCUUCUCAUUGGGUCACGAUUACGAGUCACAUCUCUGGACUAUGCCCCACGAGUUUCAGGGCAGCAUGGUGGUCUAUCUGUCGUGUCUCGCCUUGGCACGGUCAACAAACAUCUUUCGCUCCCUCACCCUCUUCAUUCUUGCGGCGUACUGGAUGUACAUGACCCACUGGUACUACUUUCUGUUCACGGCCGGCAUGGUCUGCGCGGACCUACAUAUGAUCUUGGAACCUUCGAUCAACCUCGACAUCGAUCCCGAACAACCCGCCAAACGAUCUCUGCUGAAACGCAUAUUUCACGGGGUGGCAGUCUUCGCAUGCCUCUGGCUCCUCAGCUUUCCGCGCUUCAACGAGGGAGCAGACCAAUCCCUGGGCUACGCGUCCCUCGUCCCAUGGAUCCCCCCUAGCUGGCGAGGCGAGGUCUAUCAAUCCAUGUGGUGGCUCGUCAUUACUGCGCCUGUCUUCAUUGCUGUCCUCGACAGCGCAGGUCAUGAAUCCGUCUAUCAGAAGUUUCUUUGCUCCGGAUUUAUUCAGUAUCUGGGCGAUAUCAGCUUUGCGCUAUACCUUUGUCACGGGAUGUGGAUCAACAGUCUGGGCCUCGAGAUGGUGCACUCGAUUUGUGGCAGAUGGGGGUUCCAGAUGGUGGAAGGAGAUGUGGGCUUUGUGGGUGUUUUGAUACUGACGAGUUUGGUGGUGAUGCCGUUGACGUUUUGGCACAGCGAGGUCUUUACGAGGACCGUGGAUAAGGCAACGUUGAGGCUGUCGGCAAGAUUGACGAAGUUGUAG